ACAACUGGCGCUCAAAUCCAUAUUCUAAUACCAGGCCGCGCCCUGCUCCUUAGCAUUCCCUGGCAGAGCGACCGCACAAUACACCUACUAAACGUAUACGCUUCAAACGACCCUUCAGACAACCAGUGUUUCUGGACCCAGCUCUCUGACAUCUGGGAGCUGAACAAACCCCUGAUCCCGAAAGCAAACAUCAUGCUAAAUGACUUUAACCUGAUCGAGGAUGAACUUGAUCGCUUCCCACCACACGCAGACCAUGCCAAAGCUGUCACUGAACUCAAUGCUCUCAAAACUCGCCUGAACCUCUAUGACAGCUGGUGCGCCACAUACCCAGACACCCGUGACUUCUCCUUCUACCAAGGCAGCACAGGCAGCCAAUCCCGCAUUGACCGCAUCUAUACAUCACGCAACCUGCUUUAA